AGUACAAUGGGAAACGCGGAAAUUUCUGUAGUCGUGCAAAUUGUAUGUGUGCCACAUUGAAUUUUAAGGCUGCCUCGUUCACAUAAGACUUUUUAUGACGUACAUCAUUUAUUGGGCGCUGGUGCAUGCUGUUGAAUUGCCUUAUAAAUACGUGAAGCCCAGACGCCAGGAGUGAUUGACAGAGAGAGAAAAAGAGGAGCGUAUGUGUUUUGGAAUGGCCGGGGGUAGAAGAGGAGCAAACAGGACCACGUACUGCAGGUCUCCACUGAACAGUGAGACAGGCUCAGUUGGAAAUGGCAACCACUCCACCAGCUCCCCGGUGACUGGGGUGCGAUCACGAACAAGGAAUGGUUCUGGAACAGGUAUGUCCAGUCCUCCACUGGCCACCCAGACUGUGGUCCCCCUGAAGCACUGUAAGAUUCCGGAAUUAUCCAUGGACCGGAACGUGCUGUUUGAGCUGCAUCUCUUUGUCUGCCACCUCAUUGCACUGUUUGUCCACUAUGUCAACAUCUACAAGACCGUCUGGUGGUACCCCCCUUCACACCCCCCCUCGCACACCUCCCUGAAUUUUCACCUCAUUGACUACAACCUGUUGGUGUUCACCGUCAUUGUGUUGGCACGCAGAUUGAUAGGAGCAAUUGUGAAAGAGGCGUACCAGAGUGGGAAGCUCUCUUUCCCUCACUCCAUCCUGGUGGCAGCUCGUUUUGCGGUGCUCACGCUCACGGGCUGGAGUCUGUGCCGUUCACUCAUAUACCUGUUCAGAACCUACUCAGUGCUCAAUCUGCUCUUCCUCUGUUAUCCCUUUGGCAUGUACAUCCCCUUCCUCCGUCUGAACUGCGACUUCCGACGGGCAGGCUCCCUCUCUCCCAUCGCCAGCAUCGGCUCUAAAGAAGUUGGCGGCAUGACGCGGGGUCGGGAUUACUUUUCAGUGCUAAAGGAGACGUGGAAGCAGCACACCAGCCAGCUGUACAGAGUACAGGCCAUGCCCACGCACGCCUGCUGUCUCUCUCCGGACCUCAUUCGCAAAGAGGUGGAGUACCUAAAGAUGGACUUCAACUGGCGUAUGAAGGAGGUGCUGGUCAGCUCCAUGCUCAGUGCUUACUACGUGGCCUUUGUGCCCGUGUGGUUCGUCAAGAGCACACAGUAUGUUGACAAGCGGUGGUCCUGUGAGCUUUUCAUCCUGGUGUCGGUGAGCACCUCAGUCAUCCUAAUGCGUCACCUCCUGCCUCCGCGCUACUGCGACCUCCUUCACAAAGCAGCCGCACACCUGGGCUGUUGGCAAAAGGUCGACCCCUCGGUCUGCUCCAACGUGCUCCAGCACAUAUGGACAGAAGAAUACAUGUGGCCUCAAGGAGUCCUGGUCAAACACAAUAAAAAUGUCUAUAAAGCCAUGGGGCAUUACAAUGUAGCAGUACCCUCAGACGUUUCACAUUAUCGCUUCUAUUUUUUCUUCAAUAAACCGCUUCGAAUAUUGAACAUCCUCAUCAUCCUUGAAGGAGCGAUGAUAUUUUAUCAGUUGUAUUCACUGAUAUGUUCAGACAAGUGGCAUCAGACGAUAUCUUUAGCUUUAAUUCUCUUCAGCAACUACUAUGCUUUCUUCAAAUUGCUUAGAGACAGAAUAGUGCUCGGGAAAGCAUACUCAUAUUCGGCAAACUCGUCAGACCAGAAGCUGAGUUGAGAGAAUCUAAAUUAUUGUCAGGCACUCUUCACAGAACAGUGGAAAACAUGCAUGAGAGCUUUUUAUUUUUUCUACAAAUUGCAGUUUUUGUCACUCUGUUCAUGUUCUGACCUGCCAUAAUAA